AUGCGUCUUCCGUUGCACGUGAGGACACGGGAAGCAGACUAUGAGGCCUCUGCAGGCCCAGCAGUUCAGUGUGUGCCUCCUGGCCGCGAUGGGGUGAGGCCCUCACUUCCUCCGGCGACGAGCACCGCGCCCGGCAGCGCCCGCCUGGAGCUCUCCCGCGCCGCGGCCUCGGUCUCCGGGCUCGCCUGCAUCUACUCGGCCCUCAUCCUGCACGAUGAGGAGGUGACCGUCACGGAGGACAAGAUCAACGCUCUCAUUAAAGCAGCCGGAGCGAAAGUCGAGCCUCUCUGGCCGGGCUUGUUUGCAAAGGCUCUGGCCGGCGUCGGCAUCGGGAGCCUCCUCCGCACCGUGGGGGCCGGUGGGCCCGCAGGGUCCCGCCCCGCAGGAGGCCACGCCCACGCCACCCCCGCCCCGGCAGGAGGCCCCGCCCCCGCCGCCGCCGCCGCCGCCCCGGCUGAGAAGAAAGUGGAUGCGAAGAAAGAAGAGGCCGAGGAGUCUGAUGACGACAUGGGCUUUGGUCUUUUUGACUAAACCUCUGCAGGAACACAUCCAAUAAAAAGCUGAGCUCUUAAAAAAAAAAAAAAAAAA